AUGGUUUACAACAUAACGAUUACGUCGGUCCCAGAAUCGUCGCCGCUUGUUGUCGAAUCAGGAGGAUUGGUUACGCACGCCAAGUGUUCGACGGAAUCUCUCAACCAAAUGUUUCUGUUUGGAACGCUAUGUUUAAUGGGAGUGCUAGCAUUGGCGAAUAAGGUGUUUUGUGAGAUGGUUGAGAAAAAUGUUGUUACUUGGACUUCGAUGAUCAAUGGGUAUCUUUUGAAUAAGGACUUAGUCUCUGCUCGACGCUUUUUUGAUUUGUCUCCUGAGAGAGACAUUGUGUUGUGGAACACUAUGGUAUCUGGUUAUAUUGAAAUGGGGAAUAUCAUGGAGGCUAGGAGUCUUUUUGAUCGAAUGCCUUGUAGGGAUGUCAUGUCCUGGAAUACGGUUUUAGAAGGUUAUGCAAAUAUUGGAGAUAUGGAAGCAUGUGAAAGGGUUUUUGAUGAAAUGCCGGAGAGAAAUGUGUUUUCUUGGAAUGGUUUGAUCAAGGGUUUGGCUCAAAAUGGGCAGGUUUCUGAAGUGUUGGAUUCUUUUAAGAGAAUGGUAGAUGAAGAGAGAGUUGUCCCUAACGACGCGACAUUGACUUUAGUCUUGUCAGCUUGUGCAAAGUUAGGAGCUCUUGAUUUCGGGAAAUGGGUACAUCAGUAUGGAGAGAGUCUUGGGUAUAAUAAGGUAGAUGUUAAUGUGAAGAAUGCUUUGAUUGAUAUGUAUGCAAAAUGUGGAGCUAUAGAGAUAGCUAUGGAAGUCUUCAAAGGCAUAAAGAGAAGAGAUGUGAUAAGUUGGAAUACCAUGAUCAACGGUUUAGCUGCACAUGGACAUGGAACUGAGGCCUUGGAUUUAUUCCAUGAGAUGAAAAUCUGCGGAAUUAGGCCUGACAAGGUAACAUUCGUCGGUGUUUUAUGUGCAUGUAAACACAUGGGUUUGGUUGAAGAUGGCUUGGCUUAUUUCAGUUCCAUGUUUACUGAUUUCUCAAUCACGCCACAGAUUGAGCAUUGCGGUUGUGUAGUGGAUUUACUAUCUCGGGCUGGUUUUUUAACACAAGCUGUUGAGUUUAUAAACAAAAUGCCGGUAAAAGCAGAUGCUGUUAUAUGGGCUACUCUACUUGGAGCUUCAAAGGUAUAUAAGAAGGUGGACAUUGGCGAACUUGCUCUUGUAGAGUUGAUCAAGCUUGAACCAAGAAACCCGGCUAAUUUUGUGAUGCUCUCAAACAUAUAUGGAGAUCUUGGAAGAUUUGACGAUGCUGCAAGGCUAAAAGUUGCUAUGAGAGACACCGGUUUUAAGAAAGAAGCAGGUGUUAGCUGGAUUGAGACUGAUGAUGGUUUGGUGAAGUUUUAUUCUUCGGGAGAAAAGCAUCCUCGAACAAAGGACCUACAGAUGAUCUUGGGAGAGCUGAAGAGCUUCAAUAAUCUUCGUGAUGAAGAAGAAGAAGUUCAAGAGCAUUGUAUGUAAUCUGAUAGAAGCGUUUGUCAAGAUUGGAGUUUUUAACAAGUUUUCAUAAUAAUCUCCGAGACUAUUCUAUACACACAUGCCAUUGCAUAUACUGCAAAGUGGAAGAGAGACUCAAGAAUUCUCCUUGCAAGGUUUUGUACUUAUAUAGGAACUUGAAAGACAGUGUUGGUGUCUCUUUGCUACUUUGAGUCCAAUUAUUAUUACAACAUUGAAGUGGAGAAAAGCACCCUCGACAAUGUGUAUGAGUCGUUUUGCAGCGGAUUUUUCUACUUGGGACCUGUUAGGAGCAAUGCCUUGAGGAUGUGUUCUUUGCAUAAGGUACGAGGAGAUGAUAAAAGAGCCAUGUGCUCAGCUGAAGAAGCUUGCUGGAGUACUUGAGUUACUGCAAAAGAAGAAGAGCGCAAAUUAAACUAAGCAGUUUGGAAAUCAACAAAACCGGAGCGUUGGAUGGAGUGGAUUUCAAGACUUAUUUCCGUAAAGGAGAAGUCGGUGGCUGGAAGAGUUAUAUGACUCCCCUGAUAUGGAGUCUAAAAUUGAUAUGAUCAUUGAUAUGACUAUUUUAACUAUCGUAUUAUCACAUGCCGUGUACAUGCCACUUCAAAGAUUCCGAAUUUUCUUUUAAUUUUAAAAGUUUGCAUCCUGAUUCAGUCAACUUACAAAAAUGUCAUAAUAAAGGUAUAACACAUUAGGAACGUUAGAUUUGUCUAUUUUUUCAUAUUGUUUGCACAGCCAAAGCGAGAAGAUCUCUCGAGAAGCUAGAUUUUUUCAUAUUGUUUGCUCUGUAAUUCGCGUGAUUUAUCAACAAGAAAUGGUACUUGGUUGUGGA